CACUGCUGCCUGGUCUCCCGAUUUUCCGGGAGUUCUCCCGAUUUUACUAAAUGUCUCCCGAUAUCCCGGAUCCUUAAUUAAACCUCCCGAUUUUAAUUUACUGUUCCACAGAUUCAACUCAAGUUACUAAAAACACUGCCUCUACUGCGUGAAACGAAUCACCGAACCACCGAACGAAUCACAAAAGUAAUGAGUUUGUAAAGUAUGUAGCGUAAAGUAUGCCUUGAUGGAAUGGAAUAAAGUUGAAUAUAAAACAGCAAACCUUUGGAAUUCAGAGAACAUAGACAAACCGGUUUCUCUAAUUAUUAUACGACCAAAUUAGGAGACAUAGUUCAGUUUAGUAAUAGUAAUAGUAUUAGUAAGGUAUUUUAAAUCAACAGCAUUAGAUUAGAUUGCGUCUGUGAAGUGAAGUGAGCAAAGUUUUGUUUGCUUGCAUUUUGCAAUCGCUUUGUUUUUGUUAUCUCGGACUAAAUAUCGUUUUAAAGUGUUAUAAACAAGUUUUAAAGCUGUAAAAAAUUAUCAGAAUUUAGAAUGUCUAGUUCUGAGAGUGAUAAAGAGGUGCAAAAUACACCUCCAAAGAAAAAGAAGUACAGUGUCAGCUAUAAGCCGGAUUGGGAAAAAGAUGAUCUGUUUGAGGGAUGGUUAUCAAAAAGUAAUAAAGGUCCAGAUUUCGCUUAUUGUAAAGUGUGCUCUUGCGAUAUAAAUAUAACGAGAGGGGGUAAAAAUGAUAUUAAAAGACAUAAAGAGACAAAAAAACACGAAAGCAAUAAGCUGAAAAUUCGAGGUCAACAGAGUCUAGACCAGAUGUUUACAAAAAAAUCUACAUCGUUAGAAAAACUAGUAAAACAAUCAGAAAUUAGAAUCGCCGCAUUCAUAGUUGAACAUAAUAUUCCGAUCAAUGUGAUGGAACAUUUCCCAGAUUUAAUAAGAGCAGUAUGCCCAGAUUCUGAAGUUGCAAAAAGGAUUACCUGUGGACGUACUAAAACAACAAAAAUUAUUUCGGAGGUGUUGGGAAGAAGUGACGUUGACAUCAUGGUUGAAGCCAUGCAGACAAAUAAAUUUUCAUUAACAGCUGAUGAAAGUACUGAUAAAAGUACAAAAAAGCAUUUGGCAGUAAUUGUGAGGAUUGCUCGAAAUAAUCUGAAGGUGGAAGAUUUUUUUUUUGAAUUAUUUGAAAUUCUUGAAGGUAACGCCGAAAAAUUGCAUGAAGUAAUUACAAAAAAAAUGACAGAAUUGGGGAUUCCUUAUAAAAAAAAUAUGAUAGGGCUGGCCGCAGAUGGUGCCAACGUAAUGAUGGGAAAGAACAAUUCUUUUGCAACGAAGUUCAAACAAGACAUACCACACCUUUUCGUUAUGAAAUGUGUAUGCCAUUCUGUACAUCUUGUAGCGUCAAACGCUUGCUUAAAAUUGCCUCGAGAACCCGAAGAUCUAGCACGGGAUGUGUAUAACUAUUUGAAUGGUAGCCCAAAACGUACCGGCUUGUUGAAAGAAUUCCAAGAAUUUUUGGAAUUAAAACCACACAAAUUGCUGCAACCUUCUCAAACAAGAUGGCUCUCUUUAGAGGCAGUAGUAAAGAGGUUGCUAGAACAAUACGAAGCCUUAAAGUUGUACUUUAGGGACGCUAUUUUCAGCGACCGUAUUAAAGCUGCAGAAAACAUAUUGAGAAUGAUAGAAAAUCCAGUGAACAAGCUAUAUCUGCAAUUUAUGGCGUAUGCCUUAGGAAUAUUCAACGAACUAAACAGAACCAUGCAAUCAGAAAAUACAAAUGUACACAUAAUUUACAACAGGGUGAUGACCGUAAUCUACACAAUUUUGGGAUGUUAUGUGAAAGAAGAAUACAUUUCAAGAAAUGAUCACAAAAACAUCGACUAUAAAAAUCCCAGAAAGUACAUGGAUAUAAAAGAUUGGUAUUUAGGCGCUGAAGUAGGGGCGACAUUAUCUUCACCAACAUUAACAAUCAGUCCCGAAGAAAUAAAAAAAUUCAAGUUCCGCUGUUUAGAGUUUUACAUUGAGGCAAUUAAACAACUAUUACAGCGAUUUCCAUUUGAAGACGAUAUGGAAAUUUUGAAAAAAAUGGAAUUUAUGGAUCCAAAAAUAGUUUGUAGUGGCAAAAUACUAUCCAUCGCUGACAUAUUGGGAAGGUUCCCAAAUAUAGCACCUUCAAAUGUUAUUCAACAGAUUGACACCGAAUGGCGGCUUCUUCGGAAUACGAAGUUAAAUACUGAAGAUGAAAAUUUAGAAGUAGGAGCUUUCUGGAAAAAGAUAGCCCAGAUGCAUUUGGGUGAUGGCAGAAAAAUGUUUCCAAAUUUAACUUUGACAGUUUUGAGUUUUAUGUGCUUGCCACACUCAAGUGCAUCUGUGGAAAGGCUGUUUUCGCAAAUAAAUUUAACGAAAACAAAGUUACGGAACCAACUCUCUACCCCGGUAAUAUCGGGAGUCCUGCAUACAAAAAACAUUUUGAAAAAUUCUAAUUGCUUCAAUUUCGAAAUUAAAGACCAAAUUUUACAGAAACUUAAUAAAAAUAUGUAUUAAAACUC